CACCCGAAACUUAUAUACUUUUUUUUCACGGAAGUAAAUUGGGUCGGAUGUGGAGAAUUUUGAAGGCAACUUCCUCGUAGGCCUAUUUAUAAUAUAUCAUAUACAGCUAUGUAAAAAUAACAUAUUCAUAUCACUACAAAGAUGAGUCGUAUUUAUGAUAACAAGCCACUAGAAAAUUUGCCUGUUCAAAAUGUACAUUGGAACGGAAAUUGGGACCAAUUUCAAGCUGACUUAAUUAAGUCGCCGAAGUAAGUUAUUAAAAAUUAAUCAAGAAACAACAUUGUAAUUAAUGUAAUUCAACCGACAGUUGUGCCUGAUUGUCAAGAUUGUGAUUCACUGCCUGAUUGUCAAGAUUGUGAUUCACCGAUCGUCAAAAAUUAGACUAUUUAAUUUAAAGUUAAUUUAAACUAUUACAACGACACGAUCCAUUAUUUUUACCAAGCCAAACAUAAAACUUCAUGAUAUAUUAUAGCUAAAUAAAUACUAAUGCAUAAUUAUAGCAGUGAGUGAAAGUGUAAUAAAUUGCCCACCAUUUAUAAUUAUUAGGCUCCUAAUUCCUAUAAUUUCAGCAUUUAAUUUCAUUCAUUGUAAUUGCAAGUGUAAGGCUUAUUAAUCUGUGCAACAAAUAACAAAGCAUGUAAUGUGUUUUAAGUUUAAGGCUUUCUAAAACUUUCUUUUGCUGAAUGAAUAUCAAAUCAGAAUUAAUUUAACCUAACUAUUCAUAAAAUUGUUUAAACAUAUCAUUCUCUUAUCUUCAGAGAUAAUCCUGGUGUACUGUGUGAAGGCAAAAUCAAAAACCAAGCCAGAAUUAGCAUUACCAGUUUAAGCAAUGGAUCACCUGCUUCAAAGGUGAAUUUUAAAAUAUUUAUAAUUAGAUUAGCCAACGCCAACUGUCACCACAACCAAAGCGUCUUUAAAAAAUAAAAUAUGGUUACACUACAUACUUUUAAGAAAAUAAAUAUGACGACAGAGCAUUAUUUUUUAUUUAAGUAUUAACAACAUCUAAAUAAAUUGGUUAUUAAGUAAAAAUUAUUUGAUUAUUUGGAGACCAUAUAAUAUAUAAUUUUGUUAUAAAGAGAUACAUUUUGUAAAUCGUUUUUUUUUUUUGUGUUGUCAACUUUAGGCAAGAUACUACAUUUUGUUCUUAGAAAUAGAAACGGCUUACAGAAGGAAGUUUAAUGUCAGUGGAGAAGAAAUUGAGCCUAACUUCAAUGAGACAACCAAAGUUUCUACAGGAUACCUUAACUCUUCUUAUGGUUUGUUGAAAUCUACUUUUAACAAGCAAUGAUUACUGUUUACUGGUUUAUCCUUAAUUUGAACCCUUUAUUUUGUCAAACAUAUUUCAUUCCCCCCCCCCCCAAAAAAAAACCAGAAAAAUUAUAAAAUAUAUAUUUAGCUUUAAAAUUUAAAUAAAACAACAACACGAAUGACGAAUGUCAUCAAAUAUUUGCAUGAGCUUUAACAAAUUUAUUACAGAUGUCAAGGCAAAAGGAAAGACGGAUAGACUUUUGGUUGAUGAAGUUAAAUCUGUAAUUCAUGAUUCAAAAAUUGAAGUCAUGAUUAAAGACAUUUUGGCAAAGUCGUCACCGGGGGAUGUCUUUUUACUAUUUAAAGAGGAUGACCAUGAUAAAGUUGAAAUAUCUAAUGGCUCUUCAGUUCGAAUUAAGACACUAAGAGACAGUCCAAUUGUGGGUAAGCUAAUACAUUAUUAAAUAAUAUUGAAUUCAUAUAAUUAUUUAAAUCAAUGCAAAAUGUCAAAACUCUUAAUAACUUUUAGAAGAAAUAAUGAUUUUGUUAAAUGGAAGUACAUAAGUAAAAAUAAAAUGUACAUGAAUUUCAAAUAUUUUCUUUGAUCGUUUCAAUAAUUAAAAUGUAUAAACUUUGAGAUAAACUCAAAGCUACUUAAACAUAUUUGCAUCAGAAAGUCUGGUGAUUCGUGAUGAAGCCUCAGUAACAACAAAAAAUUUUGUGGGAGAUGAAAGAGUUGGAUGCACUUGGACAGACAAAGUAAUGAAAGUAAAGUCCUUAGCAGAGGAGAAAAAGGAUAACCAAGAUAACGCAGAAAUUGAUGAGGAUGAAUGGGUUAGUAUUAAUACUAUUAAUAGUAUCUCAAGAAAAUAUAACCAUUUAUAACGUUUCGGUGCAGAUAUUUUUUUUCUUGUAAUAACAAUUCUCUAAUACAUAGUUUAGAAUAUUAUUAAAUUGUUCAUUUUUGACAUAACAAACUACUAACUCUUAUGAAGAAAAUUUUUUCUAAUACAUAAGCUUUUAAGUAGUUUAAAAAAAAAAAAUUUGCAACAUUGUUAUUCACAUUUUUUGUGUGUUUUCAUGCCCCAUUUUCGUCACUACUUUGUAUUUUGUCAACUGUAACAAAAACCUACAAUGAACAAAAGGACCUUUAUUAUUUUAAAAAAAAAACUGGAGUCAAGAGUAAUAAACUUUCACCAUUAGAAUAGUCAUAAUUUCUUAAAUAUAAUUAAAGAACCCCCUAAAAAUGUUUUUCGAAUAAACAUAUAAAUCCUUUAUAAAAUGUAUUAUCAAACAAUUUGUGGGGGUUUUGACAACUUGACAAAUCAUGCAAUCAAGUAACGCACUUUAUAAGAAUCCCUCAAAUUCUUUUCAUGCCACUGAACUAUACUAAUAUUCUAAUGAACCACCUGCUUUUACACUGCAGAUAUGUUUCACCAACUAUUUCAGAAAAAGAAAAUAUUACGCAGCAAACGCACUUGCGACAUUUUGUUUUUAAAGAAUCUCAUUUAGUAAGUUAUGGGGAAUUUUAUUUCCCACUAUCAUAUUUCCUUCAUCUUCCUCCAGAAAAACAGUAAAAAACUGGGGUUUAAAAUUUGAGAGAAUAUGCUGUCAUUGGCAACGAGUAUAUUUGCCAAGUUUAAGCUCGAUAGGUUGACGGGAAGUUGGUUAAUUGGCACUCCAAGGAUUUUGCCUGUCCGUCACCAAACCAGCCAGUGAAGCUAAUAUAAAAGAUUAAAAAAUAUCCAGAAAAGUUUUAAAAGAUAAAGUCAUUCAUUAACUUAUUUAUAUCUGCAAAAGGAACAAAUUAAAAACUGCAGGAAACCUUGUUGGAUUUAUAGAUGCCAUAAAUACGUCAGCCCUUUUUAAAUAUUAUUUUUAUUAAUUUAUUAUUCCUUCAUUUUUUUGCAGAAUGACUGAGUUAAGGAACAGCUACCUCUAAAAAUGAAGACUUCCAAAGGCAACAGCUUCACAGCCAUAGCAUAUUUACUUCAGCUUGAAUACUCAGUCCAUGUAUCUAUAUUUGUUUUACUGAUACUUGCUUUUUAAUCAGCCAUUAGCUUUGGCUUUUUCAAUUAUUAAUUUUUUUGAACGUUGAUACUACUAUUACUGAUGAUAAGAAUCUCUAUUCUUUGAAUGGGAAUAAAUUAUCUGUUUUAACACUUUAAUCAAAAGAAUAUGGUCCUGUUAUUUUCUUUCAUAAAGUUCUUUGUUACUAUUUAUUUGUAUGCUUGAACUCUGUUUAGCUGAGAUUUAAAUUUUAAAACAAAAUUCAAAACCUGUUUUUAAGAAUGUCAUUUAUAUUGGGCACAACUGCUUAUGUGAAUAAACACUAAUAAUUCUCAGAUACAUAAGUAUAAGAGGUUUUAGGGAUAAACUAUGUAUCCCAAGACUUGUGUCCACCUGUCUGUACAUUCUAGUAAAUAUGUUAACUAUUACAUGUUUCCUAUAAUCCUAAAUUUUUAUUUUUAAAUGUACAGCUAUGAAUGAUGGACAUUUUUCCAAUUAUUGCCAAGAAUUUAGCGUCUCUCUGUCUCUCUCCUUCUCUCCAUUUGUUAUUAGCAGGUGGAUUUAAUUUUUUUUUAACUAUAGUGAAUUAAUAUUUUUAUAUACAUUUUUUUUAAUGUCACUAUGAACAAAAUAUUUACUGCAGCAUUUAAAUUUAAAAGUGAAUUCAUGUCUGAUUCUUAAUAAAAUAUAUUU